GACGUCAACUCGUUUGUUGUCAUUGGCGGCUCCCAAGAUGGCGUCCAUCAUGGAGGGGCCGCUGAGUAAAUGGACCAACGUGAUGAAAGGCUGGCAGUAUCGCUGGUUCGUGCUGGACUACAACGCGGGGCUGCUCUCCUACUACACGUCCAAGGACAAAAUGAUGAGAGGUUCCCGAAGAGGCUGUGUUAGACUCAGAGGAGCUGUGAUUGGUAUAGACGAUGAGGACGACAGCACCUUCACAAUAACUGUUGAUCAGAAAACCUUCCAUUUCCAGGCUCGAGAUGCUGAUGAGAGAGAGAAGUGGAUUCAGGCCUUAGAAGAGACCAUCCUCCGGCAUACACUUCAGCUCCAGAUCAGUACCACACUUGCUUUUUUCCAGUCCUCUGGUAUCUCUCCAGUUCUUGAAUUUUCAAAAAUAAUUGGUGUAGAUUCUGGAUUUGUUCCCAGCGUUCAGGACUUUGAUAAGAAACUGACUGAGGCUGACGCUUAUUUGCAAAUUUUGAUUGAUCAGCUUAAGCUCUUUGAUAACAAGCUUCAAAACUGCAAAGAUGAUGAACAGAGAAAGAAAAUUGAGACUCUCAAAGAGACCACAAAUAACAUGGUAGAAUCAAUUAAACACUGCAUUGUGUUGCUGCAGAUUGCUAAAGACCAAAGUAAUGAGGAGAAGCACGCAUAUGGAUUGAUAAGUACCAUCAACCCUGUAGAUGCAAUAUAUCAGCCCAAUCCCUUGGAGCCAGUGAUCAGCACAAUGCCUACCCAGACUGUCUUACCUACAGAAUCUGACCCAUCGUGUAAAUCAGAGCCACGUCCAUCCUCCCUACCUGUUGGACCUGGAGUCACUGCUUUGGGACAUCCUCAGACCCCAACACCCAACAGCACAGGAAGUGGGCAUUCAGCACCUAGUAGCAGUCUGACAUCUCCAAGCCAUGUCAACUUGUCUCCAAACACAGUUCCAGAGUUUUCUUAUUCUAGUAGCGAAGAUGAAUUCUAUGAUGCUGAUGAAUUCCAUCAAAGCAGCUCAUCCCCAAAGCGCUUCAUAGAUUCCUCGGGAUCAGCCUCCGUCUUGACCCACAGUAGUUCAGGGAACAGUUUAAAGCGCCCUGACACCACGGAGUCCCUCAUUUCCUCCAUAUCCAAUGGGAUGAGUGAUGCCGACCUGUUUGACUGCCAUGAUGACCGCGACGAUGAUGGGGAGGCUGGCUCCGUGGAGGAGCAUAAGAGCGUCAUCAUGCAUCUCUUGUCCCAGGUCAGGCUGGGAAUGGACCUUACUAAGGUGGUUCUCCCAACAUUCAUUCUUGAAAGAAGGUCCCUUUUGGAAAUGUACGCAGACUUUUUUGCGCACCCAGAUUUGUUCGUGAGCAUCAGUGACCAAAAGGACCCAAAGGACCGAAUGGUACAGGUCGUAAGAUGGUACCUUUCUGCCUUCCAUGCAGGAAGGAAAGGGUCAGUGGCUAAAAAGCCAUACAACCCCAUUUUGGGCGAGAUCUUUCAGUGCCACUGGACUCUGCCCAUGGAAAAUGAAGAGAAUGUGGAACCCAUGUCUGAAGGCCCCGUGCCCUGGGGUUCCAAAAACUGCGUGACGUUUGUGGCAGAACAGGUCUCCCAUCACCCACCCAUUUCAGCUUUUUAUGCCGAGUGCUUUAAUAAGCGCAUCCAGUUCAACGCCCAUAUCUGGACCAAGUCCAAGUUCUUGGGGAUGUCCAUUGGCGUGCACAACAUCGGACAAGGUUGUGUCUCUUGUCUCGAUCAUGAUGAGCAUUAUAUCCUCACCUUUCCCAAUGGCUACGGAAGGUCUAUUCUCACAGUGCCCUGGGUGGAGCUGGGAGGAGAAUGCACCAUCAACUGCUCCAAGACCGGCUACAGCGCCAACAUCGUCUUCCACACAAAGCCCUUCUACGGGGGCAAGAAGCACCGAAUCACGGCGGAAAUCUUCCCCCCGAAUGACAAGAAGUCCUUUUGCUCGAUCGAGGGGGAGUGGAACGGUGUCAUGUAUGCCAAGUUUGCAACAGGGGAAAAUACCGUCUUCAUUGAUACCAAGAAGAUGCCUAUCAUCAAGAAAAAAGUCAGGAAGCUGGAAGACCAGAAUGAGUAUGAGUCACGCUGUCUCUGGAAGGACGUCACUUACAACCUGAAGAUCCGAGACAUCGACGCGGCCACGGAGGCCAAGCACAGGCUGGAAGAGCGGCAGAGAGCAGAGGCGCGCGAGAGGAAGGAGAAGGACGUCCAGUGGGAGACCAGGUUAUUCCACGAAGAUGGAGAGUGUUGGGUGUACGACGAGCCAUUACUGAAGCGACUCGGGGCCGCCAAACACUGACGGCGCGCUCAAGUUGCCCGCGGCGCUGGUGCCGCCCGGCUGGCCCGAGUUCUCCCGACACCCCCGAGCAGCGGGGGACUUGUGGGGGGAGCGCCCCCUUCUCUUUGCAGUGGUUCCUAUCUCAGGGAUACUGGACUUACUGAUGCAGGUGAACAAUUAAAGCAGGACACGGUUCCUUCACUCUCGGUGGCGGUCACUAGAGCUUGACUUGGGUUGCACAGAUCCGUUCUAGAUCUGGGGCUCCAGCUGCGUGUGCGUGGCCCUGCGCGCACCUGGGGAUGGACUCUAGUACCGCUGCCAAAGUACAGGUCUGAGUCUGGGCUUCUAGCUAUAUAUACAUGUUAUAUACACACACACACACACACACAGCCACACGCCCAUAUCUAAACAAGACGACCGACGGACGGACAUCUUCACUUGACAUCUGUAUAGAUUCCUUUGGACAGACAGACGGAUGGACGGACACUUUAUUAGCAAACUUGCCUAUCAAAUGUUGCAGCAUUUGAUUCUCAAAGUUGGCUGGAUUUUUAUUUUUCAAUUGAACUCCUGAAUUCUAGCUAACCCUUAGCUAGCUACUCUAGUUCCACUAUGGGCGGCAUCUUAAGGCUUCAUAAAGUAAUUUUCCAAACCUUUUUUGUGGUUUUUUUUUUUUUUUUCUUUGAACUCGGCCAGAGAUUGACCGGCCCCAAAAUAGCCAGUUUUAGGUUAAGUAAGCCCAGUCAAAUGGGUCGGUUCCCCUUGUCCCUGUUAAGGUAGAGUGGGAUGGUGCAGCUAAGGCCCAGCUGGGGGCUUGUGGGAAUCGCCUCCCCCCCAUGAAGGUAUAAUUGUUUUUUUUUUUUUUAAAUGAACACCAAUUAAAGG